AUGUCCGAUAAGGGUUCGGUGACCAAAACCCGGGUGCAAUUCAAGUAUCCGGACGUCGAUAUCGAUUUGAGACAUCACCCAGGACUAGAUGAAAAUCACUAUCCCGUCGUCUGCCACCCAAACGUUAGACGGAUUGAAUCGCCCAUCCUGCCCAUGAGAGAAGUGGGCAUGAUGUUGCUGAUGGACAAGCUGACUGACAAACCCGAGUGGUUCAAGAAAGUCUUUGAUGACAAGAUUGUUGAGAAAUGGCGAAGAGAGUCACAGACUCAAUCCGAAGAUGGCCUGUUUGCCACUAUCAUGCGGGACAAGAUGGAUGCACCGGUCCCUCAGCCCAAAAGGAUCAUCUCCGAAGCCGCUUUCGAUUUUUGCAUUGCAGAAUUGCGCAGCAAGGCCAAAUACUAUGCCCAAUCGAAGCUCAUCCCUACGCUUGAUUCCAGCUUCAACACGGUCGUCAAAUCAGAUAAAUUGGUGUCAAAGACCCUUCAUCAAGACAUACAUGCUUCUUUUCAGCAGCUGCUCGCGAAUCAAGCUGCGUGCCCUGACUGGCACCCGAACAGCAACGACAAAGUUCAAGAUCUCGUUCACCCAUCCAUGUACCCUUUCGUAUACGGUCGAUCCAGGUUUAUCCAUGAUGAGGUCGUUGGCAUACACAACGUCAUGAACUUCAUUGGACAAGGACAGAUCGUGCCCAAGAACACUGACAGAGCUACAUUAGAAGAGAUUCCAAACAAUGAGCUAUAUCUUUAUACACCUGGUGGCGGAGAGAUCAAUCCCGGAUGUUGGUCAAACACUUACCAGUGGCUGCCGGCGAAUGUAGCCUUCAAGGACGACGGCAAGCCCGAAUUCACCAGCUACAUCAACGGAUUGCGGCCCGGCAAGUACCCGAAUAUAUACAAGACAAUUAAGAGAUUGCUAGAUGCUGUGAUCCCAGCGUGGGAUCAAUGCCUUACAGAAAUAUAUGGUUACGACAGGCAUUCAUCAGGCAGAAGAAGUUCCAGGUUCGAAUGUAUUAGCGAAGCAAGCGAUGAGAAUGAUAAUUUGUGGAGCCCCUUUGACGUUGAAUUCUGGAAGGCCUCGGACUAUAGGCUACCUCUAGACAGCCUGAUACAGCUAAAUACGGAAGCGAAGCUGGAUAAGGAGGGGAAAUACCUCACAGAGAAGAGACGGACGAGGAGCAACGCCUAUACGAGCAAGGUCUGCCUCCCCGCAUCGCCUAUGUUGACUCUGAAGAGCUGGCUCGGGAGAAAUGGCGACAAUGCCGCGAUGCAGUUCUUCCAGAGCCAAAGGGCUUCAUGGAGAUUGAAUAUGCACCACGGCAGAAUUUGCAUUGAAGGGCAGGUGAACGAGAGAAUCUGCGCCACAGCCCUCUACUAUGUCGAUUGUGAGAAUGUCACAUCCAGUCAUCUGUCCUUCUGCAUGGCGACAGAUUCAUACCUCCAAGAUUACAUAGAUUAUAAGGCAGGCGCAUUCAGCUGGCUCGAAAGGGUCUAUGGAACAGGGCUACAUUACGGUGAUGCAGAGUCUGCCGCUAAUAUACAACAAUACGGCACUGUUGAAACGCGACAAGGGCGAGUUCUCGCAUUCCCAAACGAUUUUCAGCACGCUGUAUCCUCGUUCAGCCUCCAAGACAAGACAAAGCCCGGCCAUCGACGAUUCAUUGCGCUGUGGCUUGUCGACCCCCAUCAACGUAUUAUCUCCACCUCCAACGUGCCGCCGCAGCAGAAGGAGUGGUGGCUUCAGCACCGAGGUGAAAUUAACACACCUGUGACUUCUCAGACCAUCCCAGAAAGCCUAAUGACUGUUGAAGAGGCUAAUGAGCACCGGCUCAAGUUGAUGGAAAUACGAACGCACGUCGACCAGAUAUCAGCAUUCGGUGUCCCCGGUUAUAGUUUCUGUGAGCAUUGA